AGCCCCGCCAUCCAAUCAAGCAUGUCUGGACUUGCCGACUAUCUGGCCAAAAACUACCUUACCGCUGAUUCGGAAAAGAAAUCCAAGAAGCGCAAGAGAAAGAACAAGGAUGCCGGCCUCAUCAUCGAAGACGACGACAAUCUGGGUUGGAAAGACAAGGCCGACGAUGACGACGAUGACGCACCAAUGAUAGUCGGUGGAGGCACGCUGAAGAAAUCAAAGAAGAAAUCAAAAGCCACCAGCGCAGCAACGUGGACAGCUGUCGGUGUCGCUGCGCCCUCGCAUGCUGCACAACUUGCUGCAGACGCAGCUGCCGCCGAUGCCAUCAUCGCAGGCACUGCUGCAGAUCGCGAAAGGGCAGCGGCAGCCGAGGAUGAAGCACCAGAGAUGGUAGACCAGGAUGGUAUACUUCGAACAGCGUCAGGCACAAAAGCAGGCCUACAAACGGCUGCCGAAGUCGAGGCCGCCAUGAACAAGAAGUUGGACGAGGAGAAGCGCCAGGCCGAGAAGAUUGCAAAGGAAAUGGGGGGUGCGGCACCGGAAACCAUAUACCGAGAUGCCAGCGGCCGCAUCAUCAAUGUCGCUAUGAAGCGCGCCGAGGCACGCAAAAAGGCCGAGGAAGAGGAGCGCCAGAAGCGUGAAAAGGAACGCGCAGCACGCGGAGACGUGCAAAACGCAGAAGCCGAACGUCGCAAGCAACAGCUGCAAGACGCAAAGACAAUGACGGUCGCCCGGUACGCAGAUGACGCCGAGCUCAACGACGAGCUCAAGGAGCGCGAUCACUGGAAUGACCCGGCCAUGGGCUUUUUGCGCAAGAAGAAGGCUGGACGCAGUAUCACCGGAAAGCCGCUGUACAAGGGGCCUUUCCAGCCAAACAGAUACAACAUUCGUCCUGGUCACCGGUGGGACGGCAUUGACCGUAGUAAUGGGUUCGAGAAACAGUGGUUUGACUCUAGGAACCGCAAGGCGAAUAUCGAGAAACUCGAGUACCAGUGGCAAAUGGAUGAAUAGUCCUCUUUCAUCACUGUGUCUGCAAAAGGUCAACCCCAAGACUUUUUUUUGUUACAUUUUUGCAUAGCGCAGGCGUUUUUGACAUGUUACCAAAAUUACAAGUUUCGGCUGGUACAAGGCCAUUCCACAUCCAAUCUCGAAUUCUCAU